AUGCAGUCCGUGAUAGCAGACUACCUGCCUAUGGUGGAGCGUACGCCGGAAGAAUACCGCGAAUGCAGUCUCGUCGAUGACGGCAGGAGAUACGGGUCAGACGUCAAGUGGAGCAGUGAGGUGGUCGGGGCACGAGAGCAUGAACUGGGUACUGCUUUGCGACGUAUGCAGAACUUGCACCAAUUCCGAUGGUUUCGUCCACUGCCCCCCGUGUCCACUGGCGAGGACGAUCUUUGGACAAUUCUCAAGUCGUUGGGGACCGUUCGUGCUUUGCAUAUACUGGACUUACAUGAGAAGUGUUUACCUAGCUGGCCUUCUGUUGUGGCCUCCUCGUCGUUCCUAUCCUUCUGCGGCUUGACAUCUUUGACGCUUCGUUCAGAGGCAAUGGACCGUAUCAGCGAAGACCCAGACGUGACGCCUUUACUUCAAAUGCUUGUCAGCAACUGUCCUGCUCUCGAGAAUGUUCGACUGCAUUUGCACCUCUUCACCCAUAUCGAGACCGCACCGGCGGACGUGAUGGUUCGAGACGGACAAUGGCCAAAUUUGACCUCGCUAUAUCUAGAAGGCUUCAACUGCCAGCCUACAGACCUAGCCAUCUUCCUUGGUCGCCACUCGGGUCUUCGUGAGUUGAGACUCCCGUGCAUGAUGCCUGGUUACAGAUGGAAAGAUCUCGUACUUCCUUCUGGAAGUCUCCCGAAUCUCCGAACUCUCGAAUGCCAUAGCCCCACUGCAUCGGCUUUACUAAGCAACGGCGAGGUAGCGACCAAUCUCGUCACGCUCCAGGCCAUUGACCUUCACGAUGUUGUGCGCCUAGCCGAAUAUUUCAAGUGGGACUACGAAUGGGAGGACGAGCACGACCUCGAAAUUCUCGAACUGCAGCGAGAGAUCCCAUCUCCAUGGAAGGCUCAGCUCCUAGAAGGGAUUAGAGCGCACCCGUCCAUCACGUGGCUCGAAUUGGACAAAGAACCGAGCCACUCUCAGGUGGCGGAACUAGCUGAAGUUGCUCCACAAAUAACAGAGUUAUCAUUCUGCGGCGACUAUGAUCGCAAGAAAAGGGAGUGGAAUGUUGGCAUGAAGCUCGAGAUCAUUCUCCUCGUUUGGUACCUCUGUCUAAAGACCCAGAUUGACCCGACCAUGCCUUCGAACCGUUGGGGCCGCGAAUGGUGGAUAGGUCGACGGACCUUUUUGGACCACCGAUGA